AUGGUGGAUCGCCUGCACGCAGAUGGUAAAGACGAACAGUCCCCUUGCAUAUUCGCGGCAAAGAACAACAGUGCGACUGUAUGCCGCGCCGCAAAACGCGACAAACGCGCCCACAUUGCCCUUCCCAAACGGGAAUUGUGGGACUACGGCAUGGAUGGCCUAGAGCCGGUUGUCGGGGCCACGAGAUCCUGCAGUGGGAAAAUAUCGCCGGUGGGAAACCGAGUCCGUAGUUGGCAACGGCGAAGGCACGGGUCUAGCCUUCUGUUUGUUUGUUCUGUUUGUUCUGUUUUGUCUGGUCUGGUCUGGUGUUCUCGUUUUCCUGUGUUCAGGUUCUCGUUUUCUCGUUUUCUUGUGUUCAGGUGUUCAGGUCAGGUGUUCAGGUGUUCUGGUUUUCUUGUGUUCUUUGUUUCUUUUGCUCUUUCAUUUCUUUUGCCACGCCCAGAUGCUCCUACACAAAGCUGCCUGCCACUUGUCACCCAUUGUUCAUGCCAGCGCUUAGAUGGUGGGCAGGUGCAGACAUCUCAGGUGUGGAAGGAGCCAGUGCGGCGGGGCGCGGCGCUGGUGCAGGAAAGAAGCCAUUCCGCCUUGCAGCGAACAAAGCGAUAG